AUGGAAAAUAGCAAAUUGGAAAAACUGAGUGAGCCGAAGAGUUCACUUGAAGAAGAUGAAUGGUUGUCAAAAUUCAAGAAAAACGAUAUUAUCCAAAAGCAGUAUUUCGUGGAAGACACAAAAUAUCUCACAUCAUAUUUGGCAAACGUGCGCUGUUUGGCAGAUAGUCUCACCGCCAUUUUCAUUUCGAACGGAACGUACACCAAAGAAAAAGUGCCCAGUCUGAACUCGAGCUUAUCGACGAAAAGUGUAUGGGAAGACCUCGGCAAAAGCCUGGCGGACGUUGAAUUUCUCGGAAGCAAUAAAAAGGAUGCUAAGGACAUUGAGAAAAUUUGCCAAAAUAUUGCCGACGUCGAAUAUCGAUGGUUUAAAAAUGCUCAAACUCGAGAAAAAUCCCAUCAUUCAACGAUAUUCAAAUCGGCAAUUGAAGAUCGAAAAACGAUUGACAUAAUGGACAAAAAAAUUCAGAAAUCACUUGUUGAAAACGCUCAGAUUUUACUGGAUCUUCGCGAGCAAGGAAUCAAAUACACAUCGGCGAUCGAGAGAUUGGAUAGUGAGUGUCUUGAUAUGUGUAAAUUUCAAGCUUCACUUUUCAACAAUAUUGCAUCCCAUUUUCGACAUUUGAAAGAGAUUCUUCCGCUAUUUAUUGUUCUUGCGAAGAAUCGAAGAGAUGCUGCGAGAGGACUUGAAAUUGAAGACGACAAAAAAUAA